AUGAUGAAGUGUGCACUGUGUCGGAAGCGAAUUGGGCACCGUUGCUCGUUUCACCAACGACAACAACAACAACAACGACGACGACGACGACAACAACAACAACAACGACGACAACAACGACAACGACGACAACAACAACAACAACAACAACAACAGCAGCAGCAGCAGCAGCAACAACAACAACAACAACAACAACAACAACAACAACAACAACAACAACAACAACAACAACAACAACAACAACAACAACAACAACAACAACAACAACAACAACAACAACAACAACAACAACAACAACAACAACAACAACAACAACAACAACAACAACAACAACAACAACAACGACAACAACAACAACAACAACAACAACAACAACAACAUCAACAACACAAGCGAAGACAACAAGACGACAUCAGGAGUAGUCUCCUAACCCACUACUGGCCCUAG